UGGAAACACAUUCCUCAACAUUCAGUUGAUUUCCCCAGUUUUUACUUGGUUCAGUAGUGGGGUUAGCACCAUCUGAGUCCAGUGGGUUUAAACUUGUGUCCACUGUCAAUACAAAGAUGAAACCACUAUUGCUGCUGCUGCUGCUGACAAAGAUAAUGAUGGAAGGAACAGUAAGAGCUCAGCUCAGAGGUCUGUUUCCGGCCAUGCUGAAUCUGGCCAGUAACGCCGAGAUCAGUAGUAAUGCCACAUGUGGAGAGCCACAACCUGAAGUUUACUGUAAACUGGUAGAACAUGUUCCAGGACGCAGAAUCAAGAACCCCCACUGUCCCAAAUGUGAUGCCAAUUCUGUCCUGUCAAAAGAACGUCAUCCAAUCACAAACGCCAUUGAUGGGACGAACCAGUGGUGGCAGAGUCCAAGCAUUAAGAAUGGUAGACAGUUUCACUGGAUCACCAUCACAUUGGACCUCAAACAGAUUUUUCAGGUCGCCUACAUCAUUAUUAAGGCAGCUAACUCCCCUCGACCAGGGAACUGGAUACUGGAGAGGUCCCUGGAUGGUGUGACCUUUGACCCAUGGCAAUAUUAUGCAAUCAGUGACUCUGAGUGUUUGAGUCGUUAUAACAUCACACCAAGACUUGGAUCCCCCACUUACCGGAAUGACACAGAGGUUAUCUGCACGUCAUACUACUCCAGGCUCAACCCCCUGGAACACGGAGAGAUCCACACCUCUCUGAUCAAUGGACGACCCAGUUCUGCAGACCCGUCAUCCAGGCUCCUCAAUUUCACAUCAGCUCGUUACAUCAGACUUAGACUGCAGCGAAUCAGAACCCUCAACGCAGACCUGAUGACACUGAGUGCCCGUGACCCCCGAGACGUCGAUCCUAUCGUCACCCGCAGGUAUUAUUACUCUAUAAAAGACAUCUCUGUCGGUGGGAUGUGUAUCUGCUACGGACAUGCUGAGAGCUGUCCACUGGACCCGGUUACCAAGAAGUUGCAAUGUGUGUGUGAACACAACACCUGUGGGGAGAGCUGUAACCAGUGUUGCCCUGGUUAUCACCAGCAGCCAUGGCAACCAGGAACUAUAUCCAAGGGCAACACCUGUGAAGAAUGUAAUUGUCACAACAAAGCCAAUGACUGUUUCUACAACCAAACUGUGUCAGAACUGUCGUUGAGCUUAAACACUCGUGGUAUUCGUCAGGGAGGUGGUGUCUGUAUUGACUGUCAGAAAAACACUGCUGGCAUCAACUGUGAAACCUGCAAAGACAGCUACUACAGACCCGCUGAGGUGUCUCCUUACUCUGAUUCUCCAUGUGUUGAAUGUAACUGUGACCUCAGAGGAUCACAAACUUCCGUCUGCGUUAGAGAUGACACACAGCCAGGUAUGUCCCCUGGCCAGUGUGUCUGUAAAGAGGGCUUUGCAGGUCAACACUGCGAUCGUUGUGCUUUUGGAUACAGAGAUUUUCCUCUUUGUGUUCGCUGUGAGUGUAACCUGUCGGGCAGCACCAACACUAACCCCUGUGCUCCCUGUACCUGCAAGAUGAAUGUCAUGGGGGCUCACUGCGAUCUAUGUAAGCCAGGGUUUUACAACCUGCAGAAGGAAAAUCCAUUGGGCUGCACUGACUGUUUUUGCUUUGGAGUGUCCGAUGUGUGUGAAAGUUCUAUGUGGUCCAUGGCACAGGUGUUUCACACAGAGCCUUGGCUCCAUUCUCCAUCCUUCUACAUGUUCCCUGUCAUUGACACCAACGAUCUGCCAAUCCUGAGGAACACCUCACAUGGCCAUGCACACAAACAGGUGCUGUCAUGGGCAGCACCCCCAAGUUUUCUUGGCAACAAGCUUGUCUCUUAUGGGGGUCACCUGAAUUACUCAUUUGUUUAUGACAUCCCUUUGGAUAAUGAGGACCAAUCUUUGCCUGCUUACUCUGACAUCGUUAUAGAGGGUAACGGCCGGGCUCUUCGACUCUCGCCUCCCAUGCUCCUCUUCCUCUCCCCACUGGCAGAGCUCAAGGUUGUCGUGGAGAUUCUGCCAAAACAGUUUGUGGAUGAUAAAACAGGUGAUCCUGUUUCUCGAGAUGAUGUGAUAUCAGUGCUUGUUGAUGUGACAUCACUGUGGGCCCGACUUUACUUAAACACCUCAGACACUGGGUCUAUACGAGUGAGUUCAGGGUCUCUAGAUGUUGCUGAUAGUACAUCAGGCUCUGGUGUUCAGGCAGUAUCUGUGGAGACAUGUGAAUGUCCCUGGGGUUACAGAGGCACUUCCUGUGAGGAAUGUCUACAUAAUUUCUACAGGGUGGGAGGAGUGUUGUUUGGGGGUAACUGUUUGCAGUGUGAGUGUAACGAUCAUGCCAACAAGUGCGACAAUAAUGGAACAUGUUCGGGUUGUACACACAACACCACAGGUCCCCACUGUGAUCAGUGUUUACCUGGUUUCUAUGGGGAUGCCACUGAGGGAACAGCAGAGGACUGUCGGCUGUGUCCGUGUCCUUUGACGGAGCCAUCCAACAGCUUCAGCCCCACCUGUGUCUUGGUUGCGCCAGGCCAGGUGUUAUGUGACAAGUGUCAGGAAGGCUACACUGGGACCAACUGUGAAAGGUGUGCAAGCGGUUACUAUGGUAACCCCCAAGUGGUGGGUGGCGGCUGUGUUCGCUGCAAGUGCAAUGGUAAUGUGAACACCAGUGAAGCUGGACAUUGUGACACCAUCACCGGGGAGUGUUUGCGUUGUCUGGGCAACACUGCUGGGAGACACUGUGAGGUCUGUCGACCUGGUUACUAUGGAGAUGCCGUGGUUGCUAAAGACUGUCGAGCCUGCAGCUGUGACGUCAAUGGCUCUGUCUCUAUGGAGUGUGAUGUGAGCACAGGUCAGUGUCCAUGCAAAGAAAGCGUGACAGGACGCACCUGUGACCGCUGCCAGUUGGGGUUCUUCGGCCUACACAGUGGGCAGGGUUGCCAGGCCUGUGGCUGCAGCCAAUUAGGAUCUGUCUCUCAGUCAUGUGACAAUGAAGGGCGAUGCCAGUGUGUGGAGACUGUGGCUGGACACAAGUGUGACCAAUGCAAUCAUGGUUACUAUGGUUUCCAUGGUGAUGGCUGCACAGCAUGCAACUGCAAUCACACCGGUGGGAACUGUGAUCCUGAGAGUGGAGCAUGUGUCUGCCCCCCCCACACAGACGGCAGCGCCUGCAGCAGGUGUGAGACUGGUUACUGGGGUCAUGACCUUUUGAAUGGCUGCAAGCCAUGUAGGUGCAGCUCUACAGGAAGCAUUGCCACUCAGUGUGACCUGACCAAUGGCACAUGUCAGUGCAGAACAGGCUUCUCUGGCAGAUCAUGUGACCGAUGCGCACCUGGGUACCAUGGUUACCCCAUAUGCUUGGCUUGUGGCUGUGACAUGGCUGGUACAAGGCAAACAUAUUGCAACACAACACAGGGAGUGUGUGACUGUGAAGACAAUGGGGACUGUGUGUGCAAGGCGGGGGUGUCGGGCCUUCGCUGUGAGGAGUGUGUCUCUGGUUGGUUUGGUUUGUCCACUGAGAAUCCAGAUGGCUGCUCCCAGUGUUUUUGCUCAGGACGGAGCCGAGACUGUGAGGAGCAAGGUGGCCUCAUUCGAGUACCUAUCGGCCUGGCUCACUCGGGUGGUCUCUUGCCAUUGGUCAGCCAGUCAAACCUUCAGGGUACGGUGUCAGGAGUACAUCAGCAGGCUGGAGACAUGGUAGUUGACACCCAUCAGCUGAACACUACACAGCUCAUCGGACCUUUGUACUGGAGACUGCCUCAACAGUUUGAAGGAAAACUGCUGAUGACAUAUGGUGGCCUCCUGUCUUACAUCGUCACCUUCUAUGCUGAGGAAGACUCGGGAUUAACCAAUCAGGAGCCUCAGGUGAUAAUGAGAGGCGGCACCAUUAAAAAAUUCAUCAUAUACACGGACGUAGCUGCCCCCAGCAAUGGUGUCAGGACUCAACAUGAUAUCAGGAUGACAGAGCACAAGUGGAAAUACUUUAACUCUGUGUCAGAGAAGCCAGUGAGUCACACUGACUUCAUGUCUGUCCUCAGUAAUGUUCAUUACAUCAUCAUCAAGGCUUCAUUUGGGACCAGACUGCAGCAGAGCAGAAUCUCAAACAUCACAAUGGAGACAGCGGUGGAGGCUGAGUUGCAGGAGGGAGCAGAGGUCACAGGAAACAUGGCUAGAUUGAUUGAGUCCUGUAUCUGUCCACCUGGAUACACCGGACUGUCCUGUCAGGAAUGUGCGGCAGGUUAUUUCCGCCAGCCUUGGUCUGAGUUGUCUCCUCAAAGUCAAAAGUCAAUGCUUGUUCGGCCCUGUGUUCCAUGUCGCUGCAACAACCACAGCACAAGCUGCGAUACAGAAACGGGGGACUGUCAGAACUGUCAGCACAACACCAGUGGACGCAGCUGUGACCAGUGUAGUCCGGGGUUUUAUGGGAAUGUGAAUGGUUCCAUCAGUGACUGUUCGCUUUGUGCAUGCCCUCGACGGGACAACAGCUUCAGCAUGACCUGUGUGUCCGAUGGAGCAGUUGGAGAUUUUCGCUGCAAUUCUUGUCUCACUGGAUAUGAGGGUCGAUACUGUGAAAGGUGUUCGUCAGGCUAUUAUGGGAACCCAUCUUUGCCGGACGGCGUGUGUUCCCAGUGCAGCUGCAGCCUGUGGGGAUCGCUCCACUCCAUGUGUGACCCCCUGACUGGACAGUGUGACUGCAAGGCUGGUGUUAAAGGUCACUCAUGUGACAAGUGUGAGGAUCGUUAUGUGUUGGAGGGAACCGAGUGUGUGUCCUGUGACGACGAGUGCACCGGCGUUCUCCUUAAUGAUCUGGACAUGCUGCAUGAACACUUCCUGUCUGUUAACAUGAGUGGCAUUGCCAUGGCAGCAUACCACCAGCUGUUGUCAGUGGAGAAUCAGACACGAGACCUGCAGGUGUCUUCACAGAAGAACUCAGUCAUGUUGCUCCUGGCCCAACUAGAAGACAAGAUGAAUGAUUUGUUCUCAGACCUUGACAACUUAGAUCAACAGGCCACACAUCUGUCAAACAACCUGCAGCGAGUGAACCUUUCAUCCACUAACAGACUCUCACAGGGUGCUCUGCUUCAGGAGAACAUUAGCCAACUUCACAGGAACAUUGAAGCUAUGAAGACAGAGGCAGAGCUUCUAAACCAGACCUCAGAGGAGAAGCUGGAUUCAGCUAAUCAAACGUCUUUGCUGAAGGAGGUUGAGUUAAUGUUGAAAACCAUGAGAACUGUUAAUCAAACAACUGCCAGAAAUUUGGCCAAUCGAGAGCUCAGUCUGGCAAAAUCUCUGGUCAACACACUACAAAUGGACUUUUUGUCCAGCAGAGUAGUGAUUGGUGAUUUCCACCCUCGCUUCACCUCACUCACCGUUGCCAUGGAAAUGCUGGAAAAUGCACACAGUCAUCUAAGCUACGCCACCCAAAAAAAUGUGGAAACGCAUAACCUGUUGAAUGGUACACACAAACUGCUGGACCGAUACCAGAUUCUCCGUCAAAAUUUGAGUGCCGAGGUUCGUUCUGUGGAUGCACUGAUGGAGGAAAGUCAGUUAUUCCUGGAAGACACCAUCAGUUUUAUGGAGGAAUUAACAAACACCAGCAUGCAGGUGGAGGUGCUAGCCGGACAGCUGGAUCAGUGGAGACCCCUCCUAAGAAAACAUGUAGAUGAGUUAGUCGUUGGACUGAAGACGACUGAUGCUCUGGACAUUGUUUACCGUGCAGAGAGCCACGCCAGCGUCCUGCAGCAACAUGCCGAGUCCCUACACCACUCUUUUGCAUCAAUGUGUAACCUGCACCACAACAGAAGUCAACUGGCUCAGCUCAAUAACAACAUCAAAGAGACUGUGCACUCUGCUCAUCAGAUGGCCGAAGCUGCUCAUAGCGCUGCCUCCUUCACCCUCGACAUGACCAUCCAAUCAGAGCAACUGCUAUCAGAGCAAAGUGAAACCAAAGUGAAUCUCAGCUUUGCUGUUCUAGAAGAAAGUCAACUCCUCUACAAGACAACAGAAGACCUGCAGGUCAACGUUUCCAUGGUAACCACUGGCCUGGGAUUGGUCAGGCAGCGUAUUCAUAACUUCACCCUCCUCUUCCAUCAACAAACUAAGCUCCAGAGUCUUAUUAAUGGUUCUUCACCCACUCUGCAGAAAGUUCAUGCCCAGAGUGUAGAGGCGCACUCCAGGCUGCAGAAGACACUGAAGCAUCUCCAUACACUCAGAGGCCAGCUACAAAAUUCUUCUUUUAUGGUGGAAAACACUAACCACACAGUGCAGGAGACCAACCAGCUGCUGAUGCACACCUAUUCAACAGCCAAUGAGGUGCAGCAGAAGCUGGAUAUGGCAAAGAAUCACACUCAGCGUCUGAUGGAGCGAAUAAAGCCACUGAGUAUGUUGGGGGAAACACUGAGCAAGAACCUGUCUGAGAUCAGAGCCCUGAUCGACCAGGCCCGACGGCAAGCUGCAUCGAUCAAGGUGGCGGUUCAGGCAGACAAGGACUGUGUUCGGUCCUACAAACCGGAGAUUCAGUCAAGUAACUUCAACACUCUGAGUUUGAUCCUGAAGACCACAAAUCCAGAAAACCUGCUUUUCUUCUUGGGCAGCAACACAACGGUGGAUUUCAUGGCUGUAGAGAUGCAUGCUGGGAAGGUGUCUUUGGUUUGGAAUGUGGGCUCAGGCACCACCAGACUGGAAUUUCCUGGACUAGAUAUCACAAACAACAAGUGGACCAGAAUCAAUGCUACACGGUUUGGGGCUCAUGCCUCGUUAUCGGUCCAUCAACCAGACUCAGACUCAGCCGCUCUGCCAGCAGCAACGGCAAGAUCACCGGGAACGUCUAGAGUUCUAGAUGUGGACAGAAACACUGUGAUCUCUGUUGGAGGUCUCUCAGCUGUCACUCAGGGCUCCACAGAGCUCAGGGCCUCCACCUUCCAGGGGUGCGUGGGUGAAGCUGCGCUCAACGAGAAAAACAUCGGACUGUGGAACUAUGUGAGCAGAGAGGGGCCGUGUGGAGGCUGCUUCAGCAGUCCCCAGGUGGAAGGGACGUCUUUCCACUUCGAUGGAUCUGGAUUCUCGGUGGUGCGAAAGUCCUUGAGGGCAACCUCCACCUCUGUGGUCCUGCUGUUUAAGACUCUGUCACCUGGUGGAUUACUGCUCUACCUUGCCUCCAACAACACUCGAGACUUCCUCUCUCUGGAGCUGGUUGAGGGAAGAGUUCGUUUGUCAUUCGAUCUUGGUUCAGGGGCCCUGAUUCUGGCCACAAACCGGAAGUACAACAGUGGAGUGUGGUACAAAAUCACGUUACAAAGGAACAAACGUAAAGGCUACCUGUCAGUCAUGGCUGCCGACCAAACAGCAGAGAAGGAAGUUUUGGAGGCUGAAUCUCCUGGAUCGGCUUCUGAUCUGAACCGGUCUGACCUUGACCCAAUCUACAUAGGGGGAGUUUCUGCCUCUAGAGCAAUCAGGCGACAUGUAGUGUCCAGGUCAUACGUAGGCUGCAUCAGAAAUGUGGAGAUUGCUCGGACCAACUUUGACUUGCUAAGAGAUGCAUACGGAGUCCGGAAAGGCUGUGUACUUGAGGGAGUGCGGAGCGUGUCGAUGGUGGCCUCUGGAUUUGUUCAGAUCGCUCCUCCAUCGCAUGGACAGGAGGUUGAGCUUCUGUUCUCUUUCUUCUCCAAAAACCAAUCAGGAGUCCUACUGGCCGUCUUUAGUUCAGCCCAGUCUAACAGACAGCACUUCCUGUCAGCUCACCUGGUCUCAGGUGCCCUGGAGGUGGAGUUUGGUGAGACAGGUGGGGACAGUCGAAGGGCCGUAGCGAUGAAACCUGACGGAGGCGUGUUUAAUGACGGAGAUAAACACUCAGUCAUUAUCACCAUCAGCAGGAAGCACCUGUCCCUACAGGUGGAUGAGGGCAACCUGAAGUCUGUCAGUUUGUUGCCGGGCAGAUUUCCUCGUCUCUCUUCAGCUGUUGUCUUUGUUGGUGGGAUCCCAACAGAGCAGACGUCCCGUCUGCCGGUCAGGUUGCAGAGUUUAUCGAGGUUGUUCAGAGGCUGCAUCCAGCACCUGGUGAUGGGCGGAAUGCUCGUUGACCUUUCAUUAGCUAUAAAGUAUGAAGGGGCCGAUUUCGACAGCUGUCUGCUGGAGGAGAGACCAGUGCAGCUGGCGCUUUCUGAGGAUCAAGAUGAGGAAACAACUCCAGGCCCCCGUCAUUUGUCUGUAGUUCCAUCCCUGCAGUCGACAACUUUGGCAUCCGAAACGUGUGCCCCUGAAAGAGCGCCAAGCUACUUGCCAUCAGCAGCUCAGUUUGGUUCAUUCAAAAACAGUCACGUGACCUUCACCAUCAACCCUGACACUGUUAAGAGGAGCGUGUCUGUGAAGUUUUCUGUUCGGAGCUGGUCUCAGGAAGGAGUGAUCUUCCUCCUCUCUCACUCCAAACAGGCAGACUUCAUUGUACUCAGUCUCAGAAGGGGGAAAGUGCUAAUGUCGGCUGACCUGGGGAAAGGCUCUGCCUCCAUCAGCUCAUCGGUUCCUAUCAACGACGGACUGUGGCACACAGUGAGUGCUGAGAUCAAUCGCCAGGUGAUGUGGGUGUCAGUUGACAGUUCAAGUAGAGACUCUGUUACAUUGAAAGGAAACCAGCUGGAUGUGGACAACACACUUUACGUGGGGGGUCUCCCACACACAUUUACUACAAGAAGGAUCAAUGUAAGCAGCAGCUUUUCUGGUUGUCUUCACUCUCUCAGUCUGAAUGGAGUCACGUUGGACCUGUUCAAAGCAUCUACUCAGCAUCACGUGUCCUCCUGUUUCACCAAUGUCCAGUCAGGAAGUUACUUUAACGGCAGUGGAUAUGCCCUCCUCAUGCAUGAAGGGUACAAGGUGGGCUCUGACUUGUCGUUGGCUCUGGAGUUUCGAACAAGUCAAUCAGACGCAGUGCUUUUGGGGAUCAGCAGUGCAAAGGUGGACGCCAUUGGACUGGAGUUAAUCAGUGGACAGGUUGUGUUUAAUGUCAACAACGGGGCCGGACGAGUGUCUGUGCGCUCUGUUGGUCGAAAUCUGUGUGAUGGACAGUGGCACCGGCUGCUGGCUGUAAAAAACAAACAUGCUUUGAGCCUGAAGAUAGAUGGGAAGAGUUUCUCCACCGCCAACCCUUACCCUCAAUCAACGUCUGCUGAGACCAACAAUCCCGUGUACCUGGGCGGAUAUCCAGGUGGGGUGAGACAGAACUGCCUGUCAAUCAACUCCAGGUUUAAAGGCUGCCUCAGGAAGCUGCAGCUCAUUAAGUCUCACCAGAGCAAGGUCCUGAACCUGAGCUCUGCCCAUUACCUGUCAGGUGUCAUACCUGAAUCAUGCCCUGUUGUGUAGCGUUGUCCAUUCAAGGUCUUUUUGUACCAGUGAUUCUGAUAUUGAUAGUGGUUUAUUAUUAGUUUGUAUUGUCUGUGACUGUUUCUACCUGAAUUAAUAAACAUCUAAUCAAAAAUUA